AUGAAGUUUUUGUGGUUUGCGGCAUCGUUGUUGUGGACGGCGAAGGCUCAGUUCUCCUCGCAGACUUACCCAGACCCUCGGCUCGAUCCGCUGUCCUGUCGACUGGCACUGCCGUCCCAGGUCAGUUCUGCAGCCGGCAACGACCAAAACAUUGUGAUGAGCUCAGGUCUGCGACCCUUCGGCUGUGGUUUCGGACGAGGAGAGGUCCCGACUUGUACAGCGUUUAGGACAGGCACGGUUUCCACUGUUUGUUUUGAAAAAAACAGUCCUGAAACGGUUCAAAAAUCGAAUAUUUGCAUAUCUGGUGAAAAAAACGUGAAGAUGGCAUCACAAAGAUUUUUAUUUUCAUGAAAGAAAUUUUUAAUUAAGUUAUGAAUGAACUUUGACUAAUUUGGAUACAACUACUUUUAUCGACUCUUUGUAUAAAAGUGUUUUUCACCGUGAAAUCUUUUUUUAGCUUCUGACGGUGACUUCUGGUAUUCGGAACACGGCGCCGGCGUGUGCUCUUAAUCCAGACAAAAACCUCGAGGUUCUCCGACUUUUGUUCCCCAAAACACUUCAAUUUGAAACUUACAGAUAAUUGUCGCAAUCAUCGACAAAAUUGGCAAUAUUCCAUCUGCUCCAGUGGAUAUUGAAAAGUUUGCAAACAAUUUGAAACGUCGUUACCAAAACUUCCAGGUGACUUUCAAAUGAGUACUUUUCAAAGAAGGAUUUUCAGGACGUCGGCAUGUGUGACACGACAGUUCUUAUCGUAAACUCAAGACAAGACCGACAGGUUUUUUCUUCUCGAAAUUAGUAAAAUCUCGAUUUCAACUGUUCAAGGUGUUCACAGUUGCCGGCAGAGACGCUAGAAUAUCUAAAGAGACAUUGAAAUCCGCCUUUGAACGCAAUAUUGGUUUGGAUUUUGUCAAUCUACAUAAAAAUGGUGUGAAACUAGUGUUAAUUUCUUUAGAAAGCUUUUUCAAAAUUAGAGCGAACAAGCUGCUUGAUUUGAUAGAUUUCGGAAGCAAAUCGACAAGACAGAUUUUUUUUUGAAAGAUUUGGAAAAGUUACUAUGAGUUUUUUCCCCGUUCGUGAAAGAAUUUAUAUAUUUAAAAAAUAAGAUAAGUUUCUGAGAUAAAUUGAAAGUAGAAAAUAUUUUCAGUCUUAUGACAGCGGUUACGGUUUCAAAAAAAAAAAACAAUUUUGCAAGAUCUGAAACCAAAUUUGCUUCCAGGCCACUUCAAAUCGGGGAGGUACGCUCUGGGACUGGAAGGCAUGAUCGAAGUGAUUGUGGCAGCCUACUCGAACGCUCACAUAGUUCAAGUUCCAACGCCAGAAAUCUUCCGGCCUUCUGAAUUCGUGGCGCCGGCGCCAGAAUCGUCGUUCCGAGCCGCAGGAUUACCCAACAGUGUGCAGCCUGCCAAGAAGCACUUCAACGGCAUCGAGUCGCUCGAGAUCGAGGAAGACGACAAGGUUGUUUUCGACGAUUCUGGUGUCUUUUCAAGGGGUCCUGCAGGUCUGGGUCUCCGUUCUCCAGCAGGCCGUCGCUCGCUGCGGAGCCAACGUCGAGGAGCUUCCCAAGCAUGUGCGCGCUGUUGUUGAAGGUUACUUUUUUUAGAAAUGAGAUGGUUAUCCAUCUUGUCUUUUGAGUCCCUGAUAUUAAGAAUGCCUAGAAAAAAGAAUGGAGAAUGAACAAAAUAUUAUGCUGUAUUGGCAGCCGUUUACUGAACUAGAAAAGCCUCUUCCCGAAUGUUCUUUUUUGAGCAGUCUAAGAAUUCAACUUUCGAACAGCUCUUUGUUCAUGAUAGUAGAGCACGAUCUCGAAAGCCAAAAAAGUUCGAUAAAUGGGAAGAAAAACUUCCAAAAAGAGUUCAUUAUUCUCUACAGGGGCUUUGAAUGUAUUCGAAGUUAUCGGUGGAUGGGCAAAACCUAGAAAAUUUAUAGAAGCGAUGGGUUUAUCGCUGAAGUUGAUCUCUGACAGUCGCUACAACACAAUCGAAGAGCAAGUGGAAGGGAAUAAAGCCGUGCCGGGCGUCCGCCAGAGGUAUCCACUAGGAAAGACUGUUUCAUUCUUCAACAUUUUCAGAGCGUGGGAAUCAGCAAAGAAUGACGUCAUCAUGCCACUUUUCAACAAGUACCGUAACCACAUUUUGUCUUCAACCUCAGGCCAAUGUCCUGCCCUUUCCUUGUAA